AUGCCCUUUGUCUUUGGCCCUGAGCCCCUCCCAAGCCACCCUUCUAAACGACGUAAACUAUCCCAUCCUCAUCUCGCCAUGGCUCGAUAUGAGGAGCGACAUAACUCCGACCCACAAGAUGCUGAAACGGGGAAGGACCGGUCUGUCAACACAGACGACUGGUGUGACAACCCCUCUCCGGGAGACACCAAAGACGAACCUGAGAUCAGGACAAGUGAUCGAGAGGAACUUAUCCAAUGCAUCAAACGAGGUCAACGCCCGACCUGGGUGCCCAAACCUACAUUGGAAGCACUGUGUACUGAAGCCAACACCUGGCAACCCCGUUCCACGGGCCUGUUGCAUAGCCAUGAUUCAGAGUCUCAGCCCAUUUCUCCAUAUCCAGUCGCUCAACGUCAUGAAUCUUCCACCCCAGAACAGCAGACCUCUCCUUGUGCAACCGAUUCAUUACGCCGGUCCCUGUCUGCUCUCCACACGGGCGAUUUUCACAAUGCCUAUCAACCCAUAUCAAGCCCUACGACUUUCGAUCCACCCAUGAACAUUUCUCCUCCCAUUAUGAGGCAUGACUACUCCUCACAAUAUGGGUUUCCUCCUAUGUCUAAGAACUUGACAGAAGAGCCUCCUCGACGGUCCAGAGCACCAUCGUUGGGAAGUAGCCUCUCCUCGAGCUUCGUCAUGCGAGUACCAACGAGCCCUCUUGUAAACUCCAUGAACAACCCUUCACUUGAUUUUUCACCUAAAGAACCAUCCUCAACAGACACCAAGGCUGCGAGAAGAAGGACACUGCCGCCGAAUGCAUACGGACCAUUGCAGGUGUUGCCUAUUGAAGAUUCAAUGCCUCCAUUUGGGCGACAUUCUUCCGCUACACAUCAACUAAAUUCCCUCGAAACACAUGAUAUUCAUACACCACGCCGUUCUUUGAGUUCGUUCACAUAUCAACCGACCUCUAGCAACCAGCCUCCCAGCCUGGCGCGUGCUCGCAGACUAUCUCUAGCAUGCGAUGUCUCCCCAAGGCAGCGUGCUUCUCUAGUUGGGUCUUUCGAGGAGUCUAUCCUCCGAGGUCGAAUGUCCAUACCCCCGUCAAAACCAUUGGACUUUGUUGCUCAGAUUGGAGUAGUUGGAAAAGGAAAGUGCCCGGCCAGUCUCAAGUGUCCCGCACAUGUCACCGUUCCUUUUCCAGCAGUCUUCUACAAUUACCCAAGCUCAAAUGACUCGCGGUCUAUUUCUGAUGACAAUCCCAGUCCUUACGUUGGGGCGAUUGAUCUAGAGCAUAACCUUAAGCCUGCCGAGCCGCAUGUUCGUCGCAGAGGCCGGGCUUCGAUUUCGUUGCAUACCGAAAGCCCGGCCACAGAUAUCAAGACCUUGGAUAACCCCCACACAGGAAGCCAAGAUUCUCCUAGCUCUGAGCAGUCGGUCUCACAGCACGUCAAGGUGCCAAACGGUGGCGUGUACAGAGUUCCCCAGGUUGGACAACUACAAGUCAUCAUCAAAAACCCCAACAAGACAGCUGUGAAACUGUUUCUGGUCCCGUACGACUUGACUGGUAUGCCUCCGGGGACGAAAACGUUUGUUCGUCAGCGCAGCUUUUCAACUUCCCCAGCUCUUAACGUGGCUUUGUUGGACAAAAGGAUCGUCACCCCAUUGCGCGAACGCAACGGUGGGAAGGACAUUCUGCGUUAUUUGAUCCAUCUCAAAUUUUGUUGCACCUCAAAAGGACGCUUCUAUCUUCAUGAUCAGAUCCGUGUCAUCUUUGCCAAUCGGGUCCCUGACGACAAGGAAAAGCUGAGACACGAAGUGCAACUGCAAGAACCACGAUUCAGUCCCUAUAAGCCGACGGUGGAAAAUGGCUCGCGUAGUCCAAGCAUGAACGAGAACAGGUUCAGUCCUUCGCCCACCAUGUCACCACCACCUUAUGGUGCCCGUGGGCCAAUUCUGGAUUCCGGUCGAGGCAACUUCGACAACUUUUAUGACUCGGCUCUAACCUUCAAUCCUCCAACAAAUCCAGCGCUUGUGGCCCGCGGACCGGAUCUGUCUGCCGAUCUCUCGCCCACUAGCUCACAACGUGACGCUUAUGCCGAGGGGAAUCUGCCACCCACCCCAGGUUUCUUGCCUUCACGAUCUUCCCGAAGCUCUCCUGUGUCUUGGACUACCACUGCAAAAGGUGCACCUUCUAUAGAGGCAGGCAAUGGUCUGAUAUCCCAGAAGCUUCGCGAGUUCAACGCCAACCGCGCCGCUGGUGACUAG